AUGGCGACCGCUCUGGAAACCGUCGAGUCCUUCGUAGAGGGUGCACCCCCUGGCGAGCUCGCCGAUGUCAUAAAUGACAUCAAAGCCUUAACCUUCAACGAACCCGACAUCGUCUCUAAGCUAGGACCCGCCUUCGAGAGAUACAAUGAAGAGCAGUUCGUCACCGCCAAGCUGCCCGGCAGCAGCCAGCACGUCAUUAUCAGCUCCCACAGCUCCCUCGGCGACGGACGAUACUACGAUGUGGAAAGCUCUUCGAGCUUCUCCUUCGAUCACACCACCCAAAAAGCGAGCAAUGUUCAGAGCUACGUGCUGGAAGGUCCCCAGACAGAUUUAGUGAAGUCGACACUAAAGAGCAUAUCCGCAUAUGUCAAGGAACACUUCCCCAACGGUUCAUACGGCGUGUACCCGAUCGAGAACGACACCAAGAUCGCGGUGAUAAUCGUGGCGAACAAAUACAGCCCUAACAACUACUGGAACGGCCGCUGGCGCUCGCUCUACGUCUUCGACCCGGCCGCGAGCACGCUCGAGGGCAGCGUCAAGGUCGACGUGCACUACUACGAGGACGGCAACGUGCGGCUGCUCACGAGCAAGCCCGUCGCGCCCACGUCCGUUUCCGGCGGCACCGGCGCCGCCAUCGCGCGGGAGAUCGGCGCCGCCGAGCGCAGGUACCAGGAGGAGCUGAACCGCGGGUUCACGAGCCUGAGCGAGGGCGCCUUCAAGGGCCUCCGCAGGCAGCUGCCCGUCACCCGCCAGAAGAUCGAGUGGGAUAAGGUCGCUAGCUACCGCGUCGGCCAGGAUAUCGGCGGGGCGGCGAGGAGAGGAUAG